AUGUCAUCAACUAAUCUUGCUAGUGGAAAUUUUGGUGAUAUAAAAGGUUUUCUAUAUGCUUGGUUAGGUAAACAAAAUAAACUUCCGUCAUAUGAAGUUUCUCAACAAGGUACUAAACAAAGAAUACGAUUUAAAUGUGAACUAACAGUACCAUCAUAUUCUUAUACUGCCAUUGGAAAUUCAACAAAUAAAAAAGAUGCACAAACAAAUGCUGCUAUUGAUUUUUGUCAAUAUUUGGUUCGUGAAGGAAAAAUGCCCGAAAAUGAACUUGAACCAUAUCUACCAUCAAAGAAUUCAUCAGUUCUUACAACACAAUCACUUGGAACUUUACCAGCUGGUCUUGUACCACCACAUAUGUUGCAACGUAACACUACAGCAAACGAAGUUGGUCCACCACCUACUCUACUUCCAUAUCAACCAGGACCACCAUCUCAUUAUCUUGAACAUAUUCGUUCAGAUCGUAAAAUGCUUGAAGAACAAGAAGAAACUGAUACAAAUGCAUCAAUACAUGGAAAUUGGACGAUUGAAAAUGCUAAAGGUCGUCUUCAUCAAUAUUUACAAAAAAAUAAUCUUUCACAAGAAUAUAAAUAUACAUCAAGUGGACCAGAUAAUCUUCGAACAUUUUUUGCUGAAUUAUCCGUUUAUAUACGAGAACGUAAUCAAACAAUUCAUGCACGAGAAAAUGGAUCAACAAAACAAAUUGCUUCAAAAAGUUGUGCACUUGUACUUGUUCGACAACUUUAUCAUUUAAAAAUUAUUGAACCAUUUACUGGAGAAAAAAAGAAAAAACAAAUUGAGAAAACAACACCAUUUCGUGUUACUGUUAGUAAUGAUAUUGUCACAGAACUUGAUGAAGUUAUUAAAUUAUUUAAUAUUCAACCAGUUAUGAUAAAUGAACAACAAACAAAUAGUUCAUUAUUAAAUCCUCAAAUUUUAGAACGUUUCCCUCCAAGUGAACGUCGUACAACAUCAUCUAUAAUUCAAUGGGUACCACCAAUACCAAAUUGGAAUCCAUGGAUAGCAUCAAAUAUUGAUGAAGGUCCAUUAGCAACAGCUACAAUGGAAUCAAUUAGUGAAAAUUUACGUCAUGGAGAACAAUCUAAAAUAGAAAAUGAAUUAAAAUGUCGUCUUCAAGAACGUCAAAAUUUACCUGUUUUUACUUAUCGACAACAAAUACUUGAACAAAUAAAAAGAAAUAAUGUUAUUCUUAUUCGUGGAGCAACUGGAUGUGGAAAAACAACACAAAUUCCUCAAUAUAUAAUUGAUGAUGCUAUUCAACAUAAUCAAGGUGCUUAUUGUAAUGUUGUUGUUACUCAACCACGUCGAAUAAGUGCUAUUUCAAUUGCUGAACGUGUUUCUUGGGAACGAUGUGAAGAUUUGGGUAAUUCAUGUGGUUAUAGUGUUCGUUUUGAAUCAAUUCUUCCUCGACCAUAUGGUUCAUUACUUUUUUGUACUGUUGGUGUUCUUUUAAGAAAACUUGAAAGUGGUUUAAGAGGAAUAUCUCAUGUUAUUGUUGAUGAAAUUCAUGAACGGGAUAUAAAUACAGACUUUUUAUUGGUUUUACUUCGUGAUAUGCUUAAUGCUUAUCCUCAAUUGAAAGUUAUUCUUAUGUCUGCAACAAUUGAUGUAACAUUAUUUCGUCAAUAUUUUUUUAAUUGUUCAAUAGUAGAAAUUGAAGGACGAACAUUUGAUGUUCGAGAAUAUUUUCUUGAAGAUAUUAUUCAAUUACUUAAUUUUCAACCAAUGAAUUCAUCAUUAACAAGUCGAAAACAAAAUAAUAAAAAUCGACAAUUACAAGAUGAUGAUGAUGAUCUUGGAUAUGAAGAUUCACAAGCAGAUGAUAUUGAGGAUGUUAAUUGUAAUACAAUAUGUGGUCAAGAAUAUUCUCCUCAAACAGCAGCAGCCAUGAGUCAAUUAAGUGAAAAAUCUCUUUCAUUUGAAUUAAUUGAAGCAUUAAUAACUUAUAUCUGUAGUUUGGGUGAUGAUGGAGCAAUAUUAAUAUUUUUACCUGGAUGGAAUUUAAUUCAAGCAUUACUUAAAUAUUUUCAACAACAUCCAAGAUUUGGUUCAUCAGGAUUUCGAUUUCUUCCAUUACAUUCUCAAUUACCUCGUGAAGAACAACAUCGAGUAUUUGAACAUGUUCCAUCUGGUGUUAAAAAAAUAAUUUUAUCAACAAAUAUAGCUGAAUCAAGUGUAACUAUUGAUGAUAUUAUUUAUGUUAUUGAUAGUUGUAAAGUAAAACAAAAAUUAUUUUCAUCACAUAAUAAUAUGACAAAUUAUGUUACGAUUUGGGCAUCAAAAACAAAUUUAACACAAAGACGUGGUCGUGCUGGUCGAACAAGAUCUGGUUGUUGUUUUUAUUUAUGUUCAAAAUCACGUUAUGAACAUUUAGAUAAUUAUUUAUUACCAGAAAUAUUUCGUACACCAUUACAUGAACUUGCAUUAGCUAUUAAAUUAUUAAAAUUAGGUGAUAUUAAAUUAUUUUUAUCUAAAGCUAUUGAACAACCACCAAUGGAUGCUGUUGCUGAAGCUGAAUUUACUCUUAAACAAAUGCAAGCAAUUGAUGAAAAUGAUGAAUUAACACCAUUAGGAAAAAUUUUAGCACGAUUACCAAUUGAUCCAAAAAUUGGUAAAAUGAUUAUAUUAGGUUGUAUUUUUUGGUAA